UAGAAAAGUGACAAGAUUGUGAACCAUUACAAAAAACAAUUACAUCCUACUGAACCAGUCACCGGUAUUUUGCUGUUGAAUCCUGUGUACCCUCGUUCUGGUGUGGAGUUUCCAAGGAAUCUUACCAACCUCUCAACAUUAUGGCCAGAAUGGUGAUCCACGUAUCAUUUGUUGUAUUGCUGUGCAUCGUCAACCUGUGUCUUGCCUAUGAGAAAGAGAUGGGAUUCAGAGCGUCUCUGUUCAGUGGAAGUCACCCGAAUGGCGGUAUCUCAGCUGGAGGUCUCCCCUCAGCAGGAUUAUUGUCAGGAGGAGGGCCCUACUCUGGAGGAUUAUUUCCAGGAGCAGGACGAUUAUUUUCAGGAGCAGGACUCCAAUCAGGACGAUUAUUUUCAGGAGCAGGACUCCAAUCAGGACGAUCAUUUUCAGGAGGAGGAUCCCAAUCAGGAGGGUUAUUGUCGGGAAGAGGAUUCCACUCAGGAUUAUGGUCAGGAGGAGGGCCCUACUCAGAAGGAGGCCUGUACUUCAGUGAAAGAUUAUAUCCAGCAGGAGCAAUUGGAGAAAAAAUGGCCAAAAUUGGAGGAGGACUCGGCGACAUUGAAGGAGAACUCGGCGACAUUGGAGGAGGAAUCGGUGGACCAAUUAGAAGAGAAAUCGGUGGAAUUGGAGGAGGAAUUGGUGGGAUUGGAGGAGGAGGAGGAGGACUCGGUGGAAUUGGAGGAGUAAUCGGCGGAGGAGGAGGAGGACUCGGUGGAAUUGGAGGA